AUGAGUUCCGGACACAGGCACCAGGCCAUGGUGCUUUAUGGCGCGCAGGACCUUCGACUGGAGACGGUCGACACUCCCACGCCAGGUGCAAACGAGGUGCAGAUUCGACCACGAGCCACAGGAAUUUGCGGGACGGAUAUUCACUACUAUGAGCAUGGUCGGAACGGGAACUACGUCGUCCGAAAGCCGUUGGUCCUCGGACAUGAGGCUGCUGGCGAGGUUGUUGCCGUGGGCAAAGACGUGACCUCUAUCACAAUCGGGGAUCGAGUGGCAAUUGAACCACAGCGACCUUGCGGCGGCUGUAAGCAGUGCAAGGAAGGGAUAUACAAUCUGUGUCCCAACCUCAGGUUUACCGGUUCGGCGACCGCAGAUCCGCCUGUCCAAGGAUCUCUCCAGCAGGUCUACAAUCACCCAGCAAGUUUUGUACAUCGACUACCUGAGAGUCUCACAUUCACAGAAGGAGCUUUGGUCGAACCCCUCUCAGUUGCUAUGCACGCAGUGCGCCGUUCUGGAUUUCGAGCCGGGCAAUCCGUGAUGAUCUUAGGAGCUGGUGCGAUCGGGCUCCUUUGCGCCAGUGUAGCGCAGCUCUCUGGCGCGUCGAGAAUUUGUAUGGUGGACAUCGACCAAUCUCGGCUCGACUAUGCAAAGACUCACAAGCUUGCCGACCACGUCGGGCUGAUGCCGCCGAGUCAAGUGCAGGACCUCUCCAAGGCAGAGAUAUUUGCACGCACGGCCCAGGAUAUACUCAGUCAACCCGGAUUUGAACUAGCGGAUAGGGUUUUUGAGUGCACCGGAGUCGAAACAUGUGUCAAUGUAGGCAUCCAUUGCACAGCACCGGGCGGCAAGGUGGUCUUGGUCGGAAUGGGAAGCCCGUUGCAAUCGAUUGAUGUGGGAGCGGCCGCGAAACGGGAAGUGGACUUGUUGGGGCUCUGGAGAUAUGCGAAUACCUUUGAAACCGCCAUCGCUCUGCUUGCUUCUGGUCGCCUGAACGUAAAGUCACUGGCAACACACCGCUUUGAACUUACCGAGGCGGCCAAAGCAUUUGAAGUCGUGCUACAGAAGCCCGAAGGUCUUGUCAAGUGCGUCAUCUCAUCAGAUUAA